AAUACAGACCUUUAACACAGAUUAAACCACUACUCCAGAAUUAUCCAAGAAUUAAUGUAUAGUUUAUAAUGUGUAGCUGGUCAGUAUAAUGGUACCUCCAUGCUUAAGAAAUGUAAAUAAUCUCCAUUAAUGCUUACACAAGCAGAUAUUAAUGGAAGUCUUUCAUUCAAAAGACUGAAUUAAUAUAACUUUUGUACCUCACUUUAAAAACUUGCUCUGUCCUCGUCAAAAAACUUUUAUAAAAAGACAUUUUAUAUUAUAUUUUUUAAAAAUUCACCUAAUUGCAUCUUUAUACCAACUCUUGUCCCGAUGAUAACUUGCAAAUGAUAGUGGAAUUAAUGUAAUAUCACUCAAACCUAAAUACAUAAAUCCCAUUAAUGUUCAUAGAGGUGCACACUGUUGCCUAAUUAUACACAAAUAUAUAAACACAAAUACACUUCAUUAUUUAAGGCUUUUAGUGCAAUAUGUGGUCAUUGUACGUGAUGUUCAAUAUCUUGUAGAUAAGUUUAUAUUUAAUGUUUUGAGUUGUCACGCUUGACCAAAAUAUGCUUCCACACGUUUUCUGUAUAUGAUGAAGAUUAUUAUUCACUUUUCAUUCAUUAUUCAUUAUACACAGUAUUUCAGUGUCUUGAGCGUGCAUGACGUGAGCUCCCUUCUGAUUGGACGAUCACAGAUACGCUCACUGGUGGCCAAUCAUGAGCAGCCUGGUGGAUAUAUAAGCCCGGUUUUGUCAGCAUGUUGACGUUAUCUUCUGAAUCACGAAGUAAAACAACAUGUCAGGAAGAGGUAAAUCCGGAGGCAAGGCCAGAGCAAAGGCCAAGACCCGCUCCUCCAGAGCCGGACUGCAGUUCCCCGUGGGCCGUGUCCACAGACAUCUGAGGAAGGGGAACUACGCCCAUCGUGUCGGUGCCGGAGCCCCGGUGUACCUGGCGGCGGUGCUGGAGUACCUGACCGCUGAGAUCCUGGAGCUGGCUGGAAACGCCGCCCGUGACAACAAGAAGACCAGGAUCAUCCCCCGUCACCUGCAGCUCGCCGUCCGCAACGACGAGGAGCUGAACAAGCUGCUGGGAGGAGUGACCAUCGCUCAGGGCGGCGUGCUGCCCAACAUCCAGGCGGUGCUGCUGCCCAAGAAGGCCGAGAAGGCUGCCAAGAAGUAAACACCCUGAAGCGACUUCUACUAAACAAAGGCUCUUUUAAGAGCCCCCCACCUCAUCUGAAGGAGCACUGCCUAUUUAUUAUCACGCACAGCACAACUGUUCUAUUCUCAACGGCAAGAUCUAACCCAGCCCAAACAUUUCAUAAAUACAAUCUUUCACUGUUUUAAUGUUUCUCAAUUAUUUCCUGAUAGUUUUUUUAUUUUUUAUUUAUAUGUAUGUAUAUUAAAGGGCUUCUUACUCUGA